CAUACGGUGUUCGGGCCGAUUGAACCAGCCGUCCACCCUGUCGUAUAGGAUAGUCCCAAAUACUAUCGCAGGAUAGAACGGAAUGGAAUAGAGUACGUAGGUCACAGGGUGUAGCGUGGUGUGGCCUGGGGCAGGUUGCGCGGGGCCGCCCUGCCCCAGAUCGUACCUCUGUGUGCAUACGACAGCAAUCCCACUUACCGAAAACGACAACCUGCAUGCAUGGAUGCAUGUGGAAAGCCGGGCACCGGACGAGCGCCCAGAGCCCAGAGCCCCACUGAAAUCCAGGCUCUGGGCUCUGGGGUGGGCCAGACCCUCCUCGCCCCGCUUCAGCCGUCGGAGCGACGGCAAGGCCAGCCAGGGGAAUUCAGGGAGACCCAGUGGCAGCUGCCGCAAACGCGAACGCAAACGCGAAUACGGCUGUUUUGCACCGGAAGGAGCAGGAGCCCGAAAGCACAGCACACGGGGCCAAAUACGGGCAGAGGGGUGGGUGUUCGGGUGGGCGCCUCCCUCCAGCGACCCCUAGCUCCCCCUCCUUACUGCGGCCGGCGGAAUCCUUUCCCUGUUCGCCCCGCUGCUUCUGCCUCUUCCGCCUCUCCUUCUGCCUUCUCCUCCGGCUGCAGGCUGCAGACUGCAGGCUGGGGGCUGCGAGCUGCGACUGGCAGUGCGUAUUUGUGCAACAGCCGGCCCCUGAACCUUGGAUCUCGGGCGUUGCGAAGCGACUGGCGUUAGCCCGAAAUACAUUAUAUGUAUGUGGCAACGCGCGCAUAUAUCCCGGGCGUCCGCCCGCUGUUACGUUUAUCGUCGCCGGUGGGUGUGUGUGGGGCCGGGCUCAACGGGCGGUUCGAGACUGCAGCCUGCGGCCGGCGGUGCGGAAUUGACACAUUUCCAGCGGUCGGGAUUGCCGGUUCGGCCUCGGGGAGGACGCAGCUUCCGAUGGGA